AAUUGUUUAUAUUUUCCAUUAGUUUCAUAAAAAAAAAGAGGAAUGAUCUUUCGGAUAGAAUAUGAGUCAGGAAUGAGCAACGACCCAACCGCAAUGAAUUGACCCAAUUUACCAAAAUUUCUUCCCUCAUUUACGGCCCUCUGAGAUUAUCAACUUCAACGAGGAGAGCAAAGUACGCGGCACGCCGAUCUACACAAACGCCACAUCACCGCCCGUCCACCGCACAGCAAUAACAGCAACCGUGCGACCCCCUCUUCCCAUUUUCCCCGCCUCCUUUCCUUCUCCCCCACCGAUAUUAUCCAAAACCCACUUCAAGCUAUAAGCUUUGGAAGAAGACCGAAGCAGAAGAGCAAUCCUCUAGCUACCCAGAAUUUCUUCACACUACCCAUUUGCCGUUUCGCCCGAACAUGAUGACUUGGGAUGGUUUUGACGAUCCUCAGCCUCAUCGUCGUCAUAAUCAUCAUCAGCUGCCCGACGCCGGCAACGACCACCAGGACGCUUACCUGAAUUUCGAUUUCUUAUCUCUCGUCUCCAAGCCCCAGGAUUACUAUAAGAUACUCGAAGUCGACUACGAUGCUUCGGAGGAUGCUAUUCGUUCCAAUUACAUACGGCUCGCCCUGAAGUGGCAUCCUGAUAAGCAUAAGGACCAGGACAGUGCUACUUCUAGAUUUCAAGAAAUAAAUGAGGCUUACCAAGUUUUGAGCGAUCCUGAGAGGAGGAUGGAGUAUGAUACUGUAGGGAUGUCACAUGUCUACGACUAUAACGUUAUAGAGUAUCUUAACCGUUAUAAAGGGCUCAUUCUGACCUGUAAUGGUCUCGGGAUCAAGCAAUCAAUUUGGUGAUCAGAAAAAUGGUUUGUGGCAACUGCAAUAGACAUCCUCUGCUGUCUUCUUCCAUACCUAAUGCUCCGAGGUAUUGUUUUUUCGGGUGAUCGGCGUGCUGGGCAGAACAGAAGGGAGAAGGAGUAGCAGAGUUUUGGAUGUGUCAAUGUAUCAGGGGGAUGUAAUCCCAUUUGUAUAAAAAAUGCACAAAGAGUUGGUCAUCGUAACUUGUUCAAUAUCAAAGCUCCAGCCUUUUUUAUAUUUCUUUCUGUGGUUUAGGUUCAUACACCCUCCCAAGUCCCAACUGCUGCUUCUUCUAGGUUCAAAUGCUGUUGGGGUGAUGUGGGAACUUAAAGAACAUCAAUCUAAGUGGAUUGAUGAUUUCUGGACUUGGAUCUGUGGCAAUGAAUUAGUUCGUAUGUUGUUGAUGUAGGGUUUAUGUAAAAUUUUCUCUGCUUUCCAACUUUUUGCUUUCCCCAUUUAAGAGCAUACACAUCAAUAAAAUUGUAAAACUACUCGC